AUGGAGAAAGAAAUUUGUAAAAUUCUUUAAUGGCAUUUAAAUAUACCAACAAUAAAUUUAUGGAUAGAAUUUUAUACAAAUUAAUGGGAUAAUUAUAUUUCAGAUGUUCAUAAGAAAUUUAGAUAGAAUAAUAAUUGUUCAUUUAAAAGUAAUAGAUUUAUUUGAUAUCUAAGUGAUAUUAAAAUUAUAAGGAUAUAUCGAUUGUUGUUAUCUUGAUUUUGAAACUCUUAGUUAUUAGACUAGAAAGGUUGUAGCAUCUUUUAUGUAUCUUGUGUUGGCUUUAGAAUAUGAAUAAUUCACAAAAGAAUAUAUUUAUUAUGAAAUUCCAAAAACAACUAAAUUUAUUCUUGCUGAUUGUAAAUAUCUUUUAUAAUCACUAGCUUAGAAAUCAUUUAACAAAUUAUUUACAGAAUUUGCAUAAAUUAGUUUUGGAUUCAAUCUUGUAGAUCUAAUUGAAAUAAUUAAAUAUGCUUCUAAAUUUAUAAUGUUAGAUUUUAAAUAUAGUGAUACAUUUCAAGAUAAAAUAAGCAUUCAAGUAUAAUAUAUGUUAAUAUCAAUACUUAGAGACAUGAAGAUUUACUUAUAUAUUAAAAGUAUAAUUAAACUGGACUCUCUUUCAUUAGAUACAGACUCUAAAAAUGA